GCUUGAUAAUUAUUUUAUUAAGUUUGUAAACAAUGAUAUUGUAGUAAUAGUAAUUUAAUAUACAUGUUGCUAACAACACAUUAACACAGUGAUUCUAGCUCGUACAAGUCAGUUAUGUGUCGAAGUAAUCGAGUAGAUAAUAAUAAAAGGUACAACCGCGACAGAAGGCGACAUAGUUCAACAAGGGAAAGCGAAGAGAAAGAUAGAGAUAGAAAUGAAAGAAGAAAUAGGAGUUCAUUACAUUAUAGUAGUCAUAGUGCAUCUUUCACUAGAGAUCGGUCGAGAUCUCGUUACAGAAGUAGAAGUCGUUCACCAAUCAGUGAACGAGGUAGAGAGAGGAAGAGAGACUUUAACGAAAUAAGUAAAUGUUCUUAUUUUUCUUCCUCGAAUAGCAUCCGUAGCUCCUACAUGCGUUUACCUAGACCUAUGCUGAUGCCUCGAGUACCGCCACUACCCAUGCUUAUGCAUGUUUUUCCAAGACCAGUACUCCCUAUGCCAUUUCCACCGAUGAAUUUAUAUCAUCAACCUUAUCUCGGAUUUGUCAAUGGCAGAGGAAUUCCCUGGUGAAAAUAAAACGUAAAGCGAGCGUCAAUAAAGUUUUAAUCGGAGUGUGAAGCAAGUGUAAG